AUGAGGCCGUGUUUCUACGCGCCGGACGUAGAACUUUGCGAUAUUGUCGAUCAUCUUACCAAAGAAACAGACAAACAGUGCAGUGGUAGAAACGCGCUCGUCGAAGCUGCAAGAUUGGCUAGGUCGUCCAUUAAACCAUUAUGCGAAUGCGAAGCUUGCACACACGGGGCACUCGUCAUCCCUGGGGGGUUCGGCGCUGCUAAAACGCUGAGCGAUUUCGCGGAAAAAGGUGCUAAUUGCACCGUGCAUCCUGAUUUAGAGAAACUUAUCGAAGAUUUCUAUUGUGAGAAAAAGCCAAUCGGGUCGAUCUGCAUAGCCAGUGUUCUAAUCGCUAAAGUGUUAAAAGGUGCUAAAAUUACACUGGGAAAAGAAUCACCGAAAGAAGACUGGCCGUACGCUGACGCUAUUGAAAAGGCUGAAAAUAUGGGAGCCAAGAUAGAAUUGAAAGGAGUGAAGGAUGUAACUCGAUGUAAAAAAUACAAUGUUUUCAGUACACCAGCCUGGAUGUAUAAAAACGCAUCUUACGCAGAAAUUCACGCAGGCAUUGGGAAAUUAAUCACUAUGUUAGGAAAAUGUAUUAAUCAAUAA